GAGAGAGAGAGAGAGAGAACUAUUACAUACACAUCCCUGUGACAUACACUGAGACGCGCCCACCGCCCGCCCGCAGAGAGACGGGGUCGACGUCAUUCUCGGUCAAGGUCCCGGACACGGUGACGGAGUGGGUGGGCGAGAUCGUGUGCGUCAACCCCGUCCUCGGUCUCGGCCUCUCCCCGCCCACCACCCUUACGGUCUUCACGCCCUUCUUCCUUGACCUGACGACGCCGCCGUCUGUCCGCCGUCAGGAGCGAGUGCCGCUGCGUGUGUCCGUCUUCAACUACAUGGACCAGACGCUUCCGGUCAGCGUCACCCUGAGCCCCAACACGACCUUCGUAGCCGAGGAGUCCAGCAAGAGCGUGUGCGUCCCCGCUAACAGCAUGCAGGUGGCCGAGUUCAUCGUGGUUCCCCAGGAGGCCGGCGACAUCUGGCUCACCUUCAGCGCCUCCGUCACCAGCGCAAGCGAAGACUGCGACGCAGGGGACGACCUGCCGACCAAGAGUGACGUCAUGAUAAAGCCCCUGAAAGUGGUGUUCGAAGGUGUGCAGAGAGAAAUAGUAAAUAGUGUCUUCAUAUGUGGAGAUGACGAGAGCGAGAGUUGGUCACUGUCGACGCCAUCUGGAAUCAUCGAGGGAUCUGAGCGGGUGUUCGUGUCAGCCUCCGCGGAUCUCCUGGGCCCUACCAUCGAGAAUUUGGGGAACUUGGUGAGAAAGCCCUAUGGUUGUGGAGAACAAAAUAUGAUCAACUUUGUACCCAACAUUCAUGUCGUUAAGUACCUUCACUCUGUUGGCCAAGGUGGCUCCGACAUCGUCGAUGAAGCCAUUAGUUUUAUGAUCACAGGCUAUCAGCGGGAGCUCACUUACCGCCGGUCUGAUGGGUCCUACAGCGCAUUCGGAGACAGCGAUCCUGAGGGGUCGACUUGGCUCACGGCUUUCGUCCUGAGGUCCUUCGCUCAAGCAUCGGAGUACAUUACGAUCGACGGCGACGAUUUGCAAGUGAGCGCUGACUGGCUGCUGAGUCUCCAGAUGGAGGACGGCUGCUUCCAGUCCGUUGGGCAAGUUCAUCAUAAUGCUAUGAAGGGUGGUCUGGGCAGCGAGUCGUCUUCAGCCGUCCCCCUCUCAGCCUACGUGGUCAUCGCCCUAAGUGAAGCUGGCCAUUUCGGCACGGAAGCCCUCCCCACCGCCGUCAGCUGCAUCGCGAGCGACACAGCUGCCACCGACGUCUACUCAGAAUCCCUGAAGGCCUACGCUCUCGCCUUGUCUUCGAGCGCAGACGCCCCUGACCACAUCACCGCAGCGUAUAGCCUCCUGACCGCCGGCGACGAGGGAGAGAGCAUCUGGGUCGAGAGCGCGGCGUACACCGUCUUGGCCAUGUUGAAGGUCGACCACUUAGCCUACGUCUCCCAGACAAUCGACCUCAUCAGGAGAUUGUCAGCCCACCGCAACAGCCUCGGGGGUUUCCACUCGACUCAGGACACUGUUUUAGCCCUCCAUGCCUUCGCUGAAUAUAGCAUUCUCUUCCCACCGUCUGACACGAACCUGGAACUGACAGUCACGGCCAUCACCAGUUUCAACAUUCUGAUUAUGGCAGUCAACCAAUCCGUGGUGCAGACGAGGGAAAUCGAAGACACUCUGCCUUACAAUGUUACAGUGACGCCCUCUGGAACAGGAUGCGCCGUGUUUAUGGUCGUCCACCAGUUCCACAUACCGGAGAUCUCAGCCAACUCCACCUUCAGCAUGACCGCCACCUCCACCAGCGGGUCAUGCACUGCCUCCAACGUCACCAUCUGCGCCUUUUACCUCCUCGAAAACGAAGAGUCGAACAUGGUCAUCAUCGAGCUUGACCUCGAGUCUGGCUACGUUGCAGAGGAGGGUUCUCUGCAACACCUGGUGAACGAGAUGGUCAUUAAGAAAUACGAGCAAGAUGAGCCUGGAAUCGUAGAAUUGUACCUCGAUUCUCUGACUUCAACGGAGGUCUGUCUAACGGUUGUAGUGUCACGGGAGAUCUUAGUCGAAGAUGUGAAACCGGGCACCGUGUCUAUCUAUGACUACUAUCAAAACUCCGAGGAUAAAUUGGUUAAGCCACUUGCCAUAGAUAGAACGGGUUGUGCUAUCUCUUCGGACGCUUGAGCUAUGGAAGUCAUGAAUCAAGUCGAGAGGAGGUAAUUUCAAAACCUCCCUCCCCCCCACCCACCUAAGGAAAAGCUAUUCCGUGAAUUCCUGUCUUUGAUUUAUGAUUUUGAUUCUCCUUUUAGAGCUUAGGAAUGACGCAAAAACACCUGCUUAUAGCACAUUAAUCCUUGUUGCAAAAAUAUCAUCAUCAUUCAGAGAAUAUGAGAAAAAAUACCCAAUAAGAUUUAUAUUAAUAAAAAAAAAACGUUCCAGAAUCAUUGGUGAUAAUAUCUGAAUUAGACUUAAAUGAUUUGUGAACUCUUUGCUAGAGUUAUGCUAUCCAUAGAAGUAUACGAAUCAAUAAUCAAUAUUGUCCAUAAUGAAACAUUUUCGUACACUGAAGAAAUGGGUACGAAAAUGUACUAUAUGGAAUAACUUUUCACAUUAACCUGUUCAAAAUGUAUUCGUGUGAUUAAAAGUAAAACAUUAGCAGCAUGAAAAA